AUGGGCUGUGACCCAAGUAAAUCGCAGCCCUACGAUGCACCUCCUCAGGUAGCCGGCGGACAGGCUUUAUAUCACCCAUUGAACGCAGACCGGAGAGAGAUUCGACUUUUAAUAGUUCCUUAUGCUGAAGUCGGCCAUGACGCACCAAUUCGCUGCAGUCUUGUCCAAGCAUCGCUGGAUAAGGCUCCCAAGUAUGAGGCUCUAUCAUAUGUUUGGGGCGAUGCGUCCGAUAGCGUUCCACUCCAAAUCGGAAACCACACCUUGCAAAUAACAAGAAAUCUCGACACCACGCUCCGUCACCUAAGAAAUCCCGGUGUGAUCAGCAAAGGCCCCGAUACUUCAACCGUUCGAGCAAUAUGGAUUGAUGCCAUCUGCAUCAACCAAAACGACAUACUGGAACGCAACACCCAGGUCAGAUUCAUGUUCGACGUUUACAAAUCCGCCGCUAGAGUGCUGGUAUGGCUGGGGGAAGCUCGUGACAUCAGCGAUGCGGCAUUAGAUCUUGUGCUCAAGCUAGCCGCCUCGCAACUCGCCGAUGUCAAGAAGCAACUCCCCAACGUCAUUUUCUCCACGGAGGAACAAGCUUUAAUGAAUCGCUUUCCCCACGAGGAAAGAUGGUAUCUUGUGGCAAUGACUCAAUUGGGACCGAAUUCUGGUACAGCCGGUGGCGGAGAAUGGGAAGCUUUCCAGAAACUGAUGGAGCGGCCCUGGUGGCGUCGCACGUGGGUCGUGCAAGAGCUUGCUGCUGCCGGAAAGAGAGCUAUCAUCGGUUGCGGUUCCAAGUGGAUAUUCUGGGACCCUUUUAUCUGGGCAAGUCUGGCUAUGUGCAGAUGGCAAGGCCAUCCACUUCUUCAGGGGAUGAGAGAGCUUGACUUUGCCAAAGAUUGCAUUGGCCAUCUUACGGCAAUUGGGACUAGGCUCGAUCAAGGUGAGACUGGGUUCCGGUUCAUGGCCAAUCUGCUUUAUCAUACCAAGACGAAGCAGGCUACGAUGCCGGUCGAUAGGAUCUAUGAUUUGCUAGGGCUUGCUUCUUCUAUUCCAAUGGUUCCUGAUUACGCUAAGAGUCCAGAAGAAGGUAACUUUGGAGCAGACGGGGCCUUGCAUGUCCAUGGAGCUUUGCAAGGGUCGAAAAUCAUUCCUCAGCCUUCUGCCCCUGGAGAUCAACUGGUUCUGAAUGGUAUUCUAUACGACCAUCCCGGCUACUUGAGCGAACCUUGGCAGGGCUCAGCCAGAGAUCGAGAUGGAAAGCUUUUCACUCUCCUGCAAAGCUACGAGAAUGCCAUUCUAGCGCAAUACGCCCCACAGCAAUCAACCGACGCUACCGGACAACCCCUAGAACUGAACGCGUGGCUCAAAGAGCCUCUCUGGCAGACACUCGUCUGGAAUUCUACGCCCGAAUCAAAAUAUCCCGCCCCGAAUGCCUACGACGCCUUGUACGACGAAAUGACGAGCUCCACACUGUAUGUCGUCGAUGGGACUCGGCCUCUUCCCGCUGAGCUCAACGAUAGCUCCCUGGAGCAGCAGCGAACUAUUACCCCCACUGGCACAACUAUAGAGUUCUAUCGCAGUGUGGUCAAGCACAGCCUUAAUCGGCGGUUGUUCAUCACGCAAAAGGGGCAUCUGGGCUCCGGACCGCUGGACAUGCGGCAUGAUGAUCUUGUUUGUGUGAUUUUCGGGUUCAAGAUGCCGGUGAUAUUGCGGCAGCGGGGAGAGUAUUUUGAGUGGAUUGGGCAGGCUUAUGUUCAUGGCAUUAUGCAUGGAGGGUGUCUUGUGGAUGUGUUAGAUAAGUUGAAGACAUUUAGGCUUGUUUGA